ACUGGGUCCCAGAAUUACAUCUAACAAAUAACAUCCCGAAGACGUACUCGGCGUAUCGCUCGGAUUGGAGUUCUCAUCAGGAUUUCCCUCGUUUUCACAAACAUAUGUGACACACACUCUCAGCAGUGAAUGAAAUCCUGCGAACCCGGCCGCAAUACCGGUGUCUCGUCCGUCCUCCUUCUACCAUCACCCAUCACCCCAACACCCACCCAAUUCCUGACGCGACAUUCUUUAAUAUCUCUGUCUUACAAUUUUUAAAUCUACAUAAUCACUACGAUGGCCUCCCGCUUCGUCUCCGCCGGCGUCAUGGUCGCCGCAACGGGCGAGGCCACACAAAAUGAUCCUCCCACCACCACCACCACCGACACGACCACCACCACCACAACAACAACAAAAACAACAUCAGGCUCCAAAAAAAAAGCCGAAUGGGUCGCCGUAACAGCCCAACUUGAGUCCGAACGCCGCCAGAGAGAGGCCGCCCGUCUGCACCAACAACAGCAACAGGGGGGCAGCCAGCAACCCGAAAAGUCGCUGUACGAGGUCCUGCAGGCCAACAAAGCGGCCAAGCAGGCGGCGUUUGAGGAGGCGCACCGGCUGCGGAAUCAGUUCCGCGCGCUGGAGGAGGAUGAAGUGCAGUUUCUGGAGGAGGUGAGGGAGCGGAAGCGGAGGGAGGAGGAGGAGGCGCGGAGGGAGGUUGAGAGGGGGUUGCAGGCUUUUAAGGAGGCUCAGAGGAAGGGGGUUGCUGCGGGGGGUUGGGAGGAAGAGAAGGAUGAGGGAGGCGGGUGGUAG